CUCUACCCUCAUCAUGCUGGACAAUCCACCCUGUCCCAGGAUUCAGUGGCUCUUCUUGUUCAUCCUGUGGUGGGCAAAUGGUUGGCCCCAAGCGUCUGGUUCUACUGGUGAUGGCAGACAGAUGUGGCAGAACCCCAAGCCGGUUCCGGUGACUCUAGAACAGUCUUUUCUUCAUGAUACUUUUCCUGCAGGAUUCCUUUGGGGAUCUGGGACGUCUGCUUUCCAGACUGAAGGAUCCUGGGACCAGGAUGGAAAGGGACCAUCCAUAUGGGAUAAUUUCACGCAGUCAGAGACCGCCAAUGUGGCAAGUGACAGCUAUGCUCAGUGGGAAGAGGAUGUGCAGGAGCUUGAGUAUCUUGGGGUGAAAUCAUACUCUUUUUCACUGUCCUGGCCCAGACUGUUCCCCGAUGGGAACGCACAAAGUCGGCCCAAUGGGCUUGCUGUGGAGCACUACAACCGUCUCAUAAACAAGCUUGUGGAAAAGCAAAUUGAGCCCAUUGUUACCAUCCAUCAUUGGGACCUGCCACUGGUCCUGCAGAAGGUGUAUGGAGGGUGGAAAAAUGAAACACUUAUUAGAUUGUUCGAGGACUACGCCGCCUUUUGUUUUCGCACAUAUGGGGACCGUGUUAAGUACUGGCUUACAAUGCAUAACCCAUACCUGGUGGCUGUCCAGGGGUAUGGCACAGGGGUGCACGCCCCUGGAGAUACAGGGGGGCUUGCCGGCUCUCUUAUGGUGGCUCACAAUCUGAUCAGGGCACAUGCCAAAGCCUGGCACACCUACAACACCCACUUCCGCCCGACUCAGAAGGGUAAAGUAUCCAUUGUCUUGGGUUCUCACUGGGUCGAGCCUCAAAAAGCCACAGCCGCCAAUGUUGACCUUUGUCAACAAUCGCUGGAGGCUGUGCUCGGUUGGUUUGCCAAUCCCAUUUUAGGGGAUGGAGACUACCCAAGCUCUCUAAGAAUCAAGCACGGUGCCCUCCUGCCCACAUUCUCUGCACAGGAGAAGCUGUGGAUGCAGAACACAGCUGACUUCUUUGCACUGUCCUUCGGCCCUAACAACCUCCGACUGGGCAGAGACCUGCCCCACUAUGGCCAGGCUGUGACCCCAGAUAUGAGGAGCGUCCUGGGCUGGAUAAAACUGGAGUACGGGGACCCACAGGUGCUGGUGGCCGAGGGUGGAUGGUUCUCUGAAGCCAAGGUGGGAAGAGAAGACACAGUGGCCAUUUACUUGAUGAAGAGAUUUAUCAACCAGGCAUUACAAGCUGCCAGGCUGGAUGGUGUGCGGUUGCUAGGAUACACCGCAUGGUCUCUGGUAGACGGCUUUGAAUGGAAUUACGGCUACUCGGUCCGCCGGGGCCUUUUCUACGUUGACUUCAAUCAGCCUAACAGAAUCAGGACGCCCAAAACCACUGCUCAGUACUACAGGCGUGUUAUUGCUGACAACGGUUUCCCCACAGUGGAGACUUCUCAAGAGGUCAAGGGUCAGUUCCCCUGUGAUUUUCACUGGGGCAUUGCUGACUCCACCUUGCAGGCCCGCUUGUACCCUUUCUCCCCCCAGUUUACGGAUCCCCACGUGUACAGUUGGAACUGGACAGGAGACGGAUCGUUGAGACCAAUCCCAGGAGAGAAGCUUCCCACUCAUCGUUCCCAGUGCACUGACUAUCUCACCAUUCGGAGUCAUCUUCACUUGUUUGCAUCUACAGGAGCAUCGCAUUACCGCUUUCCUCUGAACUGGUCUCUAAUUUUACCACAUGGAGAUCUCUCACAUGUGAAUAUGGAGGCACUGAGGUACUACCGCUGUGUCCUCACUGAGCUCAAGAAACUGGACCUGGAAGCUCUCAUUAUCCUCUACUACCCAACGCACAAAGCUCCAAAUCUGGGCUUGCCUGGUCCGCUGCAUGCCUCUGGGGGCUGGCUCAACUACAGCACAGUGGAGGCCUUUCAGGAAUAUGCGGCACUGUGCUACCGCGAGCUGGGCUCUUGGGUGCGAUACUGGAUCACAGUGAAUGAGCCCAACAGGCUGACAGAUAUUUACUCCGAUGGGAAUGAGCAACACCAGGCUGCCCAUAACCUCCUUUUGGCUCAUGCAAAAGCCUGGAGGCUCCACGAGAGGAUGUUCUCUCAUCAUGAGGGGGGUAUGGUGUCACUGGCGCUUCAUGCCGACUGGGCUGAACCUGCAAACCCCUUCUUGUCAUCACAUACAGCAGCAGUAGAGAGAUUCCUUCUUUUUGAACUUGGUCGCUUCCUAGACCCUCUGCUGAGGACUCGAUAUGAAGACAAGCGUGACAAAGGGGACUACCCGCAUGAAAUCAAGGCUUACCUGAAGGAAAAAGCUCGAGUAAUGGGCCAGCAAAGAUCUCCUCUUCCUACGUUUACCAAACCUGAGCGGGAGGAGCUGAAAGGUGCAUUGAGUUUCAUUGCAUUGAAUCACUUUACCACCCGUCUGGUCUCUCCUAGUCCUCGUAAUUUACACCAGAAACACCCGGGCAAUCAUGACUGUCUUACUCUUACUGAUCCCACCUGGCCCUCCUCCAGUCUGGGCCAAGCUCUCGUCCCGUGGGGCCUACGAAAGGUCCUGAACUGGGUGACUGAGCGAUAUGGACGGACUCAGCCUAUCAUUAUCACUGCGAGUGGGGUUGAUGACCAGGCUCCUGUGGAGGAUAAGAUGAGGCAACACUAUCUGAAAAGUUACUUACAGGAAGCUCUUAAAGCACGUCGCUUGGAUAGCAUCAACCUGCAGGGAUUCUAUGUGUGGAAGCUGCAGGAUGGUCAUGUUCCACAAUACGGUCUUUUCACCUCAACUCACCGCCAAUCCACAGCAAAGGCCUCCAGUGAGGUCUACAGACAAAUUAUCACUCGCAGCGGUUUCCCCGAAGACGCCACCUCACACACCUGUCGGACCAGGGAGGCGCAGCCAGUGUGCUCCUUAUGUGUGUGGAUGUCCAAGAACAAGGCCCUGACGGUCUUUGUCUGCUGCCUCCUGCUCGUAGCUGUCAUCUUUAUAGCACUGGUCUUCUCAGUCAUCACCACUAAGAGACGAUACACAAAGGGUCGUAGGAGCGGGGUGAGCAUUAUAAGAAGGAGAAGAGGAGGGGGGAGCCCACCAGUGUGCUCACGGAGGCCACUUAUUUAAAAUGUAAACACAGCACUAAUUGUAUGACAUACACAAGGAACUUUGGAGAACUGUUUAUGGAUGUGUCUGAAUGUGACGAAUGUGAUGUCGCCCCCUGGCGGCAAUAAUGCAAACAGCUCUGUAGAUGUCUGUGAGUUUGAAAAAAUGAAAAACUUUACAUAGAAAUGAAUGGAAAUAACCGAUAGAGGCUUAGUCUAAUACAGGAAACCUAGAUGUUUUUUCUGCUCAUUGUAAUGCGCAAAUAUCGAGGCGACGGGAAAUACGUGUUUUAUUCUAUUCAGCAUUUAUCCAUUGUUGUUAUUCGGGGGGUUAGGCUUCAUUAAAUCGAAUUAUUAGUAUUUUAAAUAGUAUUUUAUAAUUAUUGCCAUUACUAAGCAGUUAUAAAUGAAUUGUUUAUUGAUGAAGUACCGAUAACAAAUUUAAAAAAGCCCCCCAAAUAAUAAAUAUCACUAAAAUGGCACGUGUAUUGAUAAAAGUG